AGCAAAGUGAGAGCCGCUGACAACACAGCAUCUCCUUCACUUCUCUCUCUUAAUCAUCAUCAUCAUCCUCUAAUCGUCAUCUCCAUUCAUUUUUUUUUUUCUAUCUCUCUCUCUCUCCACAACUCAUCCAUUUUUCCUUUUCUUUUUACUCUUUAUCAAUUUUUGCAGUGCAGCUCGCAGUUGAUGAUGAUGAUGAUUAUGCCCUGGUGUUUGUCUUCUCUUUCUUCUUUACUGCUGGCUUUCUACAUGAAUUUUGUUCAGAUUAGAAUUAUUUAUUAUUAAUAAAAAAAUUAAAGGAAAAAAAGGAAUAUUAACCUACAUCAGCUUCAGAAGGAGAGCACUAACUCGUAGGAAUUCUCUUUCUAGCUUUCAAUCUUUCCAGUUGUCCACUGUUCCGUCUUCUUCUUCUUCUUUUAUAAUUUUGUUGGUUACAUCAUCACCCCAUCUUUCACCAAACUUGUCUUCUUACUCUUUUUCUCUCUCUCACAACCUGCUUCAAUUAUCCCAUUUCUCCCUCCCUACCUAAGCUAGCAGUCACAAGAAGAGUGAGGGAAGGAAGGUGAUACAAGUUUUUGUAAAUGAAGAGAAACACGGUGAUGCAGUGGUAACAGCAGCAAGAGUUUUAAUUCAUUAGACUGACAAGUGGCUGUCAUUGAUUAAUAAGAAAGUAAGGAAGAUAUGCAGCAAGGAGCUGGAUCCCAAUCUCAAUGCACGGAGAUGACUCCAGCAACUACAACCAUGGGGCAGCAGCCAGUAGAAUCAGCUUCACCAAUUAGCAGCCGGCCACCUAGUAAUAUGGAUGAACUUAUAAGACUUUCUUCAGGUUGUGGAGAUGAGGAUGCAGAAGGCGACCGGGCUGGUGGAUUAGCAAGCGGCAACAGGUGGCCCCGUCAAGAAACACUAGCACUUCUCAAGAUUAGGUCUGAUAUGGAUGCGGCCUUCCGUGAUGCUACCAUUAAAGGUCCUCUAUGGGAAGAUAUCUCCAGGAAACUAGCAGAGUUGGGAUACAAACGUAGUGCCAAGAAAUGCAAAGAAAAAUUUGAGAACGUCCACAAGUACUAUAAGCGAACAAGGGAAGGUAGAGCUGGUCGUCAAGAUGGUAAAAGUUACAAAUUUUUCAGCCAGCUCGAGGCUCUUCAUACAACCACUAGUAACGUGUCAAUGCCCGUGACAACUGUCUCCUCAAACACAAUCACUUUAGAUGUUGCUCCUGUCUCAAUAGGGAUCCCCAUCCCCAUCUCUUCAUCCGUUAUUGCUCCUAUGUCUUCCCCUAUAUUCCCUCCCAAUCUCACUGCAACUAUUUCACCCACCGUUAACGUUCCUGGAUCAACUACUACUACGCCGCAACCAUCACAACCACCUCCCAAUGCAACUGCAACGGCAACCGCAACCGCAACCGCAACCGCCACCACCACCACCACCACUCCUGUCCGGAUCUCCUUUUCCUCUGAUACGUCUUCUUCCGCAGAAACUGAGGAUGACGAUGAUGAUGAAGACGAUAUCGACUACCAACGACACCCAUCAAAUACAGCCACAGGUUGCAGCCGCAAACGCAGAAGGCAAUCAUUCAGUAGUACCAAUAAGAUGAUGGAGUUUUUUGAGAGUCUAAUGAAACAGGUAAUGCAAAAGCAGGAAAGCAUGCAACAAAGGUUCUUGGAGGUGAUAGAGAAGAGAGAGCAAGAUAGGAUGAUAAGAGAAGAAGCUUGGAAGAGGGAAGAGAUAGCACGAUUGGCUCGUGAGCAUGAGCUUAUGGCCCAAGAGAGAGCCAUCUCUGCUUCAAGGGAUGCUGCCAUCAUUUCCUUUUUGCAGAAGAUAACUGGUCAGACCAUUCAAUUGCCUACUGCUGCUCCGCCACCUCCACCGCCAGCGCCAGCACCAGCACCACCACGGGCGCCUGUGGUAGUUGCACCAGCAAUUCCUGCCCAAACACCAACACUGUCGAUACCACAAGAACAACGAGAUCAACAACCUCAACGACGACAUCAGCAUCAACAGAAACAGCAAGUACAUCAAUCCGAACAUUCUGGGGCUUUGAGACAUCAACCCUCCUCCACAUCCUUACCUUCUUCUCAAGUAGUCAUUGCAAUUCCAGAACAACAGGUACCACCGCAGCCACUGGAGAUUGGUGGAAGUGGAAGCUUUGAACCCGCUUCCUCAAGAUGGCCUAAAGUAGAAGUUCUUGCACUAAUAAAGUUAAGGAGUGGACUUGAACCCAGGUACCAAGAAGCUGGGCCUAAGGGACCUCUUUGGGAAGAAAUCUCUGCAGGAAUGCAGCGGAUGGGUUAUAAGAGGAGUGCCAAGAGAUGCAAGGAAAAGUGGGAGAAUAUUAACAAGUACUUCAAGAAGGUCAAAGAAAGUAACAAGAAACGCCCUGAAGAUGCCAAAACCUGCCCCUACUUCCACGAGCUGGAUGCGCUCUACCGGAAAAAGAUCAUUGGUAGCUCGAGUUGUACCAGUCAGAAUAGAAUGGAAGAACCACAGCAGGAGAGCGUCAAAUUGGGUCUACCAGCAAAUCCCCAAGAAAGUAGUAAUGCUCCAACGAUAAUACCGCCAACACAGUUGACACAACGAUCUGAACCAGAUAAACAAAAUGUUGCUAAUGUUGAUGCACAAGCAAGUAAUGUAGGUUUAACAAGUAGCCUCUUUGGAGAAGGAAAUGAAGGAUCAUCAAAGAAGCCAGAAGACAUUGUGAAGGAGCUGAUGAACCAGGAGGAGAUGCAACAGCAACAGCGAGCGCAGUCCAUAAUGGAUGAUUUUGAUAAAUACAGCGACAGCGAAAAUUUGGAGCAACAGGAAGAUGAUGAGGAUGAUGAAGAUGAGGAUUUAGAAGAGAGGAAGAUGAGUUAUAAAGUAGAAUUUCAAAGGCAAAACAAAAACUCAUCGAAUGGGGGAGGAAAGGGGACACCCUCUUUCUUGGCGGUGGUUCAAUAAUCUUAAAAUCCGGGGGCAGGAGGAUUGCAGGUGGUUGGGAUUGGCUCUUCAUCACCAAUAUGUACCAUAUGGACCUUUUUGUUCAGAAACCUAACAUUUCAGUUGCAAGCCUCAGAACAUAAAUUAAAAUUAUCCAGUAUUUUCUUCUUUCCGUUUCUCAUCUUCUAACAUUUCUUUCAUGUUCAUCCAUCGCUACCACAUCGUCAUCCUCUUCUUUUUUCUACUAGUUAUUGUUGUUGAGCCUUCAAGAUGGGGAGUCCGGGGUGGCAACUGCUUUCACAUUUUCAAUUUAUUGAUUUGUUGGAGAAUAAAUAACCGUUGCAAAGGCGCGGAGGGGAUUGAAUCAAGAGAAACAAAAUAAGCUUGCCCAGAAGCAGCAGCAGAAUCAUCCAAACGUAGGAUGGAAAAGUCAGAGAGAAACACAGACCUUGUUAUAGAGUGUCCAAUUAAGAAUCAAUAGUUGAUUUGAUAACAACAUAGUAUGAUUGAUUCUUUGUUACUUGUUUAAUUUGUUUUGAAAUAAUAAUAAUUAUUAUUAUUCUUAUAA